UUCCUGUGAUAGAAACACUGGCGGCCGUGGAAUCACAAUACGAGAAUAGGAGGACCUAUUCUGGGAUGUUUCCCAGCAGCUCAGAACAUCGAGGAGGCAACAUCUGGCCUGCUUGAUACACCAGAGAAGAACCCGAUGUGUGUUCCUGAUAGGCCGUGUUGCUGAGUCAUAGCUGGAAGGCCUGUGUGGAAAUUCCCCCCUCAGUUGUAGCAGGUCUCUACGCGCACCUCGCUGCCACCACCACCACUUCUGGCUUGUGAUUCUGGAGGAAGGAGGGAAAAGGAAAGCGAGGGGGCGACUUGCGGACAAGCAACGUUUAGCCUGGGGGGAGGAGGCAACUCAUCUUCACUAGAGAGCCCACCGCCUCUUCGCGGUGUCAGGAUUCCCACCUGCUUCUCACAGCUGCCCACAGCGAAGAAGCCCUUCCUCAAGGGCGACUUACUGGCAAAAGAAGAGAGGAUGGCGAGUCGACUACGUAACCCCUUUAAGGAACCGGAGAUCGAGCUGUUUGUGAAGGCUGGCUUAGAUGGGGAAAACAUUGGAAACUGCCCCUUCUGCCAGAGCCUUUUCAUGGUUCUGUGGCUCAAAGGUGUCCGAUUCAACGUGACAACAGUUGACAUUACAAGGAAACCAGAAGAGCUGAAGAACCUGGCUCCUGGGAUAAAACCUCCAUUCUUGGUGUUCAACAAGGAGCUGAAAACCGACUUCCUGAAGAUUGAGGACUUCCUGGAACAGACCCUGGCCCCUCCCAAGUACCCUCAGCUCGCCCCCAAAUACAAGGAUUCCCUGCAUGUCGGCGCAGACAUCUUUGCCAAGUUCUCCGCUUACAUCAAGAACCCUCAUAAGGAAGCAAACAAGAAUUUGGAGACAGCUUUGCUGAGAGAGUUCCAGCGCCUGGAUGAUUAUCUGAACACCCCGCUCCCAGAGGAAAUAGACCAGGACAGCACGGAGGAAGUGGUGGUCUCUAGGAGGAAGUUCCUGGACGGGGACUGGAUGACAUUAGCUGAUUGUAACCUGCUGCCCAAACUCAACAUCAUCAAGAUCGCUGCGAAAACAUACCGCAACUUUGAGAUCCCACAGGAGAUGGCAGCAGUCUGGCGCUACCUGCAGAACGCUUACGCUCGCGAUGAGUUCAGCCACACGUGCCCAGCAGACGAAGAGAUUGAACGCACCUACGCCAGCGUGGCCAAGAAGAUGAGCUAAGGACGGGGUUCCAAGAGAGGCAGCCAAGGGGAUGUCUGGACUUCCCAGCUCUCCAUCCAAGCUGGAGGUUCUCAUGAGGAAGCUGCUUUUGUCGCCUUGGCUUCAAGAGAGCCUCGUGGCCUGGUGGUCACUCCAGCGUACUAGACCUCAAGGAGUCCUUCGGCCUCUUUAGAGAACAGCCCUGCCUGUGGUUUCUGCUGUCCCACCUGUCUUCUUCCCACAAGUUGGCUGUAUCUAUGUAUCCUGUAUCUUGAUGUGCAUG